UACCAGUUUCUCAAACAAUUAGGCCUGCAUCCUAAAUGGCAAUUUGUCGAUGUAUAUGGAAUGGAUCCUGAACUCCUUAGCAUGGUACCAAGACCAGUGUGUGCAGUAUUACUUCUCUUCCCUAUUACAGAAAAGUAUGAAGUAUUCAGAACAGAAGAGGAGGAAAAAAUAAAAUCUCAGGGACAAGAUGUUAAAUCGUCAGUAUAUUUCAUGAAGCAAACUAUCAGCAAUGCCUGUGGAACAAUUGGACUGAUCCAUGCUAUUGCCAACAAUAAAGACAAGAUGCAUUUUGAAUCUGGAUCAACCUUGAAAAAAUUCCUAGAGGAGUCUGUGUCAAUGAGCCCUGAAGAACGAGCCAGAUACCUGGAGAACUAUGACGCUAUUCGAGUUACUCAUGAGACCAGUGCCCAUGAAGGUCAGACUGAGUCCUCCUCGCCAUCCUCAUCACAGCCUCAUUGUAGCCACUGCAGAACGAAGGCCUCAUCAUUGUGUCACCAUGCAUCCCUGCCCUGGGUCAAACGUAACCAUGUAGACCCUGCAAAGGCUACCAGUCCAUCUCUCCGUCUUCGUCGCUGGCGACCCUUCUUACGCCUACCAUCUUUGGGUCUCCAUUCUGUUGCACCAAAUAUAGAUGAAAAAGUAGAUCUUCAUUUUAUUGCAUUAGUUCACGUAGAUGGGCAUCUCUAUGAGUUAGAUGGACGGAAACCAUUUCCAAUUAACCAUGGUGAAACUAGUGAUGAAACGUUGUUAGAGGAUGCCAUAGAAGUUUGCAAGAAGUUUAUGGAACGUGACCCUGAUGAAUUGAGAUUCAAUGCAAUUGCUCUUUCUGCAGCAUAGUUUGUCAAUAAUGGAAACACCAAGUACUGUAUUAUUUUGCAACAAAAAUUUCAUUUCUGCUGCCAUACACUAUCUCAAAAAUUUUGAUAUUUUCAUUAACUUGAAUGAUUAAACUUUAUGUGAAUUAAACUUUGA